CACUACACUACACCACACCCACCCGACGACGAUCACACACGCAGAAGAUCGAGUUCGUUCGAUCGUGACCGUGACGCAGGAAGCUAUAAGCUAGCCAAGACAGGAAUAAUAAUGGCGGCGUCGACGGUGGCGAGCCUCUCUGUCCCGGUGACGACGACGACCUUCGCGGCGGCGGGCGGCGGCGACGUGCUGAUCGUCGUCCCGAGGAGGGCGGGCGCCAAGCGCGUCGUCUGGUUCCCCGCGGCGGCGCGCCGCGGCGGCGGGCGGUUGGUCGCCGUGCGGUCCAGCGGGCCGGCCACGCCGCCGGAGAUCUCCGACAAGGUGUCGGAGAGCAUCAAGCAGGCGGAGGAGACGUGCGCGGACGACCAGAAGGGCGACGCCGAGUGCGCGGCGGCGUGGGACGAGGUGGAGGAGCUCAGCGCCACGGCCAGCCACGCCCGCGACAGCCUCAAGGAGACCAACGCCAACGACCCGCUCGAGAAGUACUGCAAGGACAACCCGGACUCCGAGGAGUGCCGCAUCUACGACAACUAGCUAGUCGUAUAGCUAUAUAGGCCAUCGACAUGAAGGACGAAGGUUGUAGCACACUACGAAAGAAUGAUACUCUCGAUCGGCGCGUCAUACGUGGAAUGAACUUGUUUGUAUCAAGCUAUCUAUACCUCAAUGCUUCUCUACCUGCCGCCGCCGCACCCCGUAUGAUAUGUGAUACACAGCUGGGAUGGUAUACUGAUAUUUUGGGU